GGUUUUAAACAUUUAAUGCGUUAAAAUCAAUGCAACCCGUACGGGCUAUUUUUGUUUUUACAAGCGAUGUAAAAUGGCUUAAUUAUUAUUGCAUGUAACACUGCAGUGCUUUAUCUAACAUGUUUUAUCUUUACUUGUGUGAGUGAAGCGCAUCCACACACGCGUUUCAGAAAAGACGCGUCUCAUUUUGCUCCCUAUAUCCUCAAUCAGUUUAUAAUGAACAUGAAUCCAGACACUGAGUGUCCAAACACACAGAAAUUAAAGCUACUGAGAUCCAUGUGACGUAAAGAUGGCGUCUGUUAAAGAGGAGAGUGAAGACAUUAAGAUUGAAGAUGCAAUCAGUGUGAAACAAGAAGAUACUGAGGAACAAACAGAUCUGAUGCUGCUGAAAGAGGAGAGUGAAGUACUAGAUGAAAUGAAAGAAAAAGAUCAGUAUAAGAAACAUCAUGAUAUUGUAACUGAAGAAAUAUCUAAAAAGAAUUCCUCACAAAAGAGUAAUUUCACCUGCCAACAGUGUGAGAAGUGUUUCUCUUCAAAAGGAAACCUGAAACGCCACAUUGACGCUCACUCUGGAGAGAAGCCUUACGCCUGCCAGCAGUGUGGAAAGUGUUUCAAUAAAAAAGCAACCCUUAAAGGCCACAUGAGUAUUCACACUAGAGAAAAGCCUUAUACGUGCCCUCAGUGUGGAAACUGUUUCACGCAGCAAGGAAACUUUAACAGGCACAUGAGAGUUCAUACUGGAGAGAAGCCUUACGCCUGCAAACUGUGUGAAAAGAGCUUUACAACAAAACUAAACCUUACGGAUCAUAUAAACAGUCACACUGGUGAGACGCCAUUUACAUGUGAUCAGUGUGGAAGGAGCUUCCGAUAUAAGGUAACCCUUAAAAGGCACAUGAAGGUUCACUUAAGAGAGAGCAGUUUUACAUGUCAUCAGUGUGGAAUGAGUUUCUCAGACAGCAAAAACCUUACGAAUCAUGUGAUUACUCACACUGGAGAGAAAACCAUACAUGUGCCUUCAUGUGGAAAGACUUGCUCAAACAAUACAAUUCUUGCUGUUCACAUGAGAAUUCACACUGGAGAGAAGCCUUUCACCUGCCCUCAGUGUGGAAAGAGCUUCAGAUCUAUAGCAAACUUUCAGACUCACAUGAGAGUUCACACAGAGAAAGCUUACAUCUGCCCUCAUUGUGGAAACAGCUUUAGAUUUAUUGGAAACUUACAGACUCACAUGAGAAUUCACACAGGAGAGAGGCCUUACAUGUGUCUUGAGUGUGACGAGAGUUUCUCAUAUAAGAGAGACCUGAAACAUCAUCUGCUAACUCACUCUGGAAAGGAAUUCUAA